AUGCAACAGAAGACGUAAGUUACACUGUUCAAUAAAUUAUAAUAACUUGCACCGAGUGCUUUCUCACUACUCGACUGACGACCAAAAAAGCAGCAGCAAUGAAAAAGGGCAUUUUGGAACGCCUGGACGCUGGGGAAGUGGUCAUAGGAGACGGAGGAUAUGUUAUUGCGCUGGAGAGAAGGGGCUACGUCAAGGCCGGUCAUUGGACUCCAGAGGCCGCUGUGGAGCAUCCUGAGGCAGUGAGACAGAUUCACAGGGAGUUUCUGAGGGCAGGGGCCAAUGUUAUACAGACCUUCACCUUCUACUCCAGUGAUGAUAAACUAGAGCUAAGUGGCAAUGUCACCAACAUAACAGGUCAACAAAUCAACGAGGCUGCCUGUGACCUCGCCAGGGAGGUGGCCAAUGAGGGGAAUGCUCUUGUUGCAGGGGGGGUCUCUCAGACCCCCCUCUAUAAAGACAGCAGCAGUGAGAGUGAAGUGAAGGCCAUCUUCAAGAAACAACUAGAUGUGUUCGUCAAAAAUAAUGUGGACUUUCUGAUUGUGGAGUAUUUUGAGCAUGUGGCAGAGGCCGAGUGGGCAGUGCAGGUUCUGAAGACCAGUGGGAAGCCAGUGGCUGCCACUCUUUGCAUCUCUCCAGAGGGGGACAUUGAUGGGGUCAGCCCAGGGGACUGCGCAGUCAGGCUUGUGAAGGCUGGGGCCCAGAUUGUUGGAAUCAACUGCCAUCUGGACCCGCUGACUUGUGUGCGGACAGUGAAGCUGAUGAAGGAGGGUCUGGAGGCUGCCAAACUGAAGGCCCAUCUGAUGGUACAGCCCCUGGGCUUCCAUACCCCAGAGUGCAACCACACUGGCUACCUCAGCCUACCUGAGUUUCCCUUUGCACUGGAGUCGCGGGCAAUGACCAGGUGGGACAUGCAAAAGUAUGCCAGGGAGGCAUACAGAGUAGGAAUCCGUUACAUCGGAGGCUGCUGUGGGUUUGAGCCCUAUCACAUCCGCGCUUUGGCAGAGGAGCUGGCCCCAGAGAGAGGCUUCCUGCCCCCAGCGUCCGACAAGCAUGACAUGUGGGGGAAAAGUCUGGAGCUGCACUCCAAACCCUGGGUGCGGGCCAGGGCUCAGCGGGGGUUUUGGGAAAACCUGCUGCCGGCAUCAGGACGACCGAAGUGUCCCUCUAUGGCAACUCCUGAGGAUUCGACGGCCACCUAGCCAAUUCAGCUGGACAGUGCUGUGAAUGCUCCUAGUUCUUACAACAAGAAAAAUAAAAAACAAAUGUAAAAAAAUGCUAAAUUGUCUUUCUGAAUAUGUAAACCCAUUGAAUAAAUGUUUGAGAUUGUU